CCAAUGACAGGCGGCGUAGCGGCGGGGGGCGGGAUCGCGGCAGCGGUGUUCGGGCGGUCCGCUUGUGUGCAGUGUGUGAAUGUGGCAGCCGCAGGGAGGGGCGCGCUGUUUAUUUCAUUAUUAAAAGUGUUUUCUGACUGAAAUUAAACUGAUUUCUAACGGAGGAUAUAUACCGGUUCCUCCGCCCGAUGCGCGCCGCUCCUGUCCGCGCUCUUUGUGCCGUUUCAUCGCUGGACGGAGAGGAUCAUGGGGCCGUGAACAUGUUGGAAUAAUCGCUCAAAGACUCCUUUCCUGAACAGAUUUAUAUUUAUUUAUUCUUUAGCUUCGCGGAUGAAUGAAACGCCCCGUCAGGAUGGAGCAGGUGAAUAUCCUGAAGAGAUUCAUUGAAGCUUUGAGAAGCAGCGAGCAGAAAGCAGAAGAGAACUUCAGCUCGGACUUCAUGCGAUUACGUCGAUUAUCAACCAAAUACAGAACAGAGAAGAUCUACCCCACUAAUGUUGGAGAGCAGGAGGAAAAUGUGAAGAAAAACCGAUAUAAAGACAUUCUGCCGUUCGACCACAGCCGUGUGAAGGUGACGUUAAAAACAUCCAAUCAGGACACUGACUACAUCAAUGCAAACUUCAUCAAGGGCAUCGCUGGGCCGGAGGCCUACAUAGCCACUCAGGGGCCGCUACCCAACACUGUGCUGGACUUCUGGAGGAUGAUCUGGGAGUACAGGGUCACGGUCAUCGUGAUGGCGUGUCGAGAGUUUGAGAUGGGGAGGAAGAAGUGUGAGCGUUACUUCCCUCUGUUUGGAGACGAGCCUGUGACCUUUGGCCCCUUCAAGAUCUCUUGUGAGUCUGAGCAGCCACGGACGGAUUAUUUCAUCCGCACGCUCACAGUGGAGUUCGAUCAUGAGACCCGGCGAGUGACGCAGUUCCAUUAUGUGAACUGGCCCGAUCACGACGUCCCGUCAUCCUUCGACUCCAUUCUGGACAUGAUCGCUCUGAUGAGGGAGUAUCAGGAGCAUGACGACGUUCCCAUCUGUGUCCACUGCAGUGCUGGCUGUGGACGCACAGGAGCCAUCUGUGCAAUCGACUACACGUGGAACCUCUUGAAAGCUGGGAGUAUUCCUGAAGAUUUUAACGUUUUCCAGCUGAUUCAGGAGAUGAGGACACAGCGGCAUUCAGCAGUUCAGACCAAAGAGCAGUACGAGUUAGUUCAUCGAGCGAUCGCACAGCUCUUCCAGAAACAGCUGAUGCUUUUGGAGAGUCCGACUAACACUGAGCUCACAGACGGGAUGGACGAGGGCAGCCCAGAAAAGCCUGGUCAGAAUUCAGAUGAGGAGAGAUGGGACACGCCCCCUCCUAAACCGCCCCGCAUCCGCAGUCAUCAGGCCGAGGGCGACGUGAAGGAGGAGAUUCUGCAGCCUCCAGAGCCACGGCCCGUUCCACCCAUCCUCACGCCGUCUCCACCCUCGGCCUUCCCUACGGUCACACACGUGCGGCAGGACAACGACCGCUACCAUCCCAAACCCGUCCUGCACGUGCUGGCGUCUGACCAGAACCCUGACCUCAACGAGAACUACAGCAAGCCGGGGCAGGACGGUCCGGAGCGGCGCCUGGAGCACACGCUGGCCAUCGAGAUCAGGAAGGUGCCGCUGCAGGAGGGUCCUCGCAGCUUCGAGGGGAACAGCGCUCCGCAGCGAUCACACACCCUCAAGCUCUCCAACACCAGCUGUGUGUGUGAGGAGUGUGACGAGCCUCUGCGACCCGACCUCCUGCUGCUGAAGGAGAAGAGUCAGUCUGAGUCCGGCCGGACAGCACUGAGCUUCACCAACCCACUGCACUCGGACCCCCCCGACACACUCUCCACGAGCAGCAGCACACAGCACAGAGACCACACCCCCCCCAGAGUCACACCGACGCCCACCACCCACCAGAGACCGCCCACACACACCUCGAACUGUGACGACAGUGAAGAUUUGCCCCCCCCUGUUCCUGAGCGAACCGCUGAGUCCUUCCUGUUGGCCACAGACCCCGCAGAUGUGAAGCCGGCGGCGGCCGAAGUGUCUUCAGACGAGGCGUCUGCAGACACACAAGCUCCUGCUCGUCCUCCACAGAGCGGUACGUCACAGUUUCCCUCGUCACAAGUGUGUGUGUGCAGCGAUGCUGAGCAGAAGAACAGAAAGGGUCCAGGUUCGCCUCUGAAGGACAGGAGAGCAGAGACGGAGACCGGAUUCAGCAGCUGCUGCUCGGAUCCCAAAGACCCCCGGGAGCCUCCCUCGGAGUGGACGUGACCGCGGCACCCAUCCGCUCUACACUACACGCUCCUCUUUCUUCUAUAAGUGCCACUGUAGACGGACGGCGUCUCUUCUCUGACUAACACAAUCAGUAAAGCUGCAAAGAUAAUCUCCCAUGAUGCACCUGGCAGUGCUGGUGCUGAGCCUGCUGUACUCCUGGAUCUGUUCCUCUGCAGUAGUUUAGACUGAGAUCAGACGACGCGCGCCGGAGUUAAUGAU